UAGCAUAAUCAGUUAUAAAAUAUGAGUCUUCGGAAAUCAUUGCGCUCAAGCUCAAGCUUUAUUUCUCCAGAAAAUGUUGCAAGAUAUUUUUGUCAAAAAAAGAUUGACCCUGAUUUUCUUGUAAAAAAGUUUAUCAAUAGUGCUAUUGGUUUCGGAGUAUUUGUAACGAAAGAUGUAUUACCAGGAGAGUUUUUGUGUGAAUAUGAUGGUGUUUUGUUGGAAAAAGAACCUAAUAAUAGUGAAUCAAAUAACUAUUUGUUUUCAAACAUCAUUCAUUGUGGAAAAAAGUUUUACUUAGAUGGCUCUAAUAGCAAACAAAUGGGAGCAUUUAUAAAUGAUACUUCUGUUCAGUAUCAAAAUUGUAAAAUGAAAAAAGUUAUAUUGGAUAACAAACCUUGUCUUUGCCUUUUCUCCGUUAGUGAAAUAAAAUCUGGGACUGAGCUAAGAUACAAUUAUGGUGAUAAUGUGGAGAACUUAUGGUGGAGAACUAAUAAAAUAUUACUUCAACCUUAUAAUUUAUCUGAUAUUGAUUUAAAAAAAGAUUAUUCUCAGAUUCCAGUUAAUACAACUUCAUCCCUUGUUGAGGCUCUUCCAUCACCAGUCUCUGUUAGUUCGCUUUUGGGAAGUAACUCAUUUAUUGAUACUGUUGGUGUUUUGUCAAAAACUUGUGCUGUAUCUAUUCCAGUAAAUACAACUUCAUACCUUGAUGAGAUUCUUCCGUCACCAGCCUCUGUUAAUUCGUUAUUGGGAAGUAACUCAUUUAUAAAACAUGAUACUGUUGGUGCUUUGUCCAAAACUUGUGCUAUUUCGAUACCAGUAGUAACAUCUUCUUUGUUUGAUGAAAUUUUAUCUUCGCCUUUAUCAGUUGAUUCUUAUUUGCGAAGUAAUUUAAAUGUAGAACCGAGAAGAGAAGAGAUUUUGUCAAAAAGUUGUGUCACACCUAUUCCAGUAAAUACAACUUCAUACCUUGAUGAGAUUCUUCCGUCACCAGCCUCUGUUAAUUCGUUAUUGGGAAGUAACUCAUUUAUAAAACAUGAUACUGUUGGUGCUUUGUCCAAAACUUGUGCUAUUUCGAUACCAGUAGUAACAUCUUCUUUGUUUGAUGAAAUUUUAUCUUCGCCUUUAUCAGUUGAUUCUUAUUUGCGAAGUAAUUUAAAUGUAGAACCAAGAAGAGAAGAGAUUUUGUCAAAAAGUUGUGUCACACCUAUUCCAGUAAAUACAACUUCAUACCUUGAUGAGAUUCUUCCGUCACCAGCCUCUGUUAAUUCGUUAUUGGGAAGUAACUCAUUUAUAAAACAUGAUACUGUUGGUGCUUUGUCCAAAACUUGUGCUAUUUCGAUACCAGUAGUAACAUCUUCUUUGUUUGAUGAAAUUUUAUCUUCGCCUUUAUCAGUUGAUUCUUAUUUGCGAAGUAAUUUAAAUGUAGAAACAAGAAGAGAAGAGAUUUUGUCAAAAAGUUGUGUCACACCUAUUCCAGUUAAUACAACUUCAUCUCUUGCUGAGGUUCUUCCAUCACCAGUCUCUGUUAGUUCGCUUGUUCCAUUAAAUAAAACUCCUAUGGUCAUUGAUGAUUUUUUUUCCUCCUUAGUUACUAUUGAUUGUAAUAACUUAGACCAGCAAAAAUGUAACAUUGUUUCUGAUCAUCUUGAAAGUAUUGAUUUUGUUGACUUUACUCGACUUGAUGACCCUAAUAAAUGUUUUAAAAGGUUUUAGGUUUGACGAUUAACAAUUUUUAUGCAAUUAUAAUUCUUCCGAUUUAAAAAUAUUAAUAUGUCAAUGGAAGCUAAAGUAAGUUGGUUUAUAAUGUAAGUAUGAAAUUUUUUUUUAAUCAAAAAUUAUAAAAUGGUAAAGUUGCAGAAUUAUGUAAUAAUUUUUUUAUAUAGUGCAAAGGUCAAUUUUUUUGAAGGUUUUUUUUUUUUUUUUUGAGACAUUUCUUGAUUUAAAGUGAUUAUUAUUUUUUUAAAUAACCUUGCUUCAUUUUUUCAUAUAUAGGUCACCCAGCUUGAACUAGAUUUAAAAAACUUUUUUUUGAUAUAAUAAGGACCCUUUCAAUAAUCAAAACCUGGUAGCAACUUUUAAAGAAUUUUAAAAAGUCAGGGUUUAAAAGAAUUUUAAAAUCUUUAUGGUUCAUAAAUCGUAGGACAGUCAUGUUGGAAUAAUAUUAGGAAACGUUAAUAUAUCUUUUUUUUUACAGGGUAAUUUUUUCAAUAAUAGUUACAAUAAUAGGUGACAAGCAAAAGAAAUCAAGUACCAUCUUAACGUAAGUAAUUAAUUUUUGUUAGAUUUUUAUUGGUUAAACGUGAUGAAAUUCAGCACUCUCUAAUUGCUAAUUUCUCAAAAAUUACUUUGCAGAUUCUUUUAAUUUUUUUGACACAAUGAAGCUAAUUACUUAUUUCAACAAUUUUUUAAAGUUUUUAUUGGAUGAUUAGAAAAAAAUCUAAUAUUUUUGCAAGUACUUGACAUCCUCUGCUGGAAUUUGCUUGGAGUUACUUCCUUGGGUACAGAUUCGACACCAUUUUGUUUGUACCAUUUUAGAGACUUCUUGAAGUAGUGGAUUGUAACCUAAUCAUGUCAAAAUAUUGUGUAUCAUGCUUUUUAAAAAUGGCAAAAAAUAUUUCUGUAAAUAUUUUUUUAUAUAUGCAAACCUGUGUUCAAAGUUUUACGAGUAAUGUGAAGUGUACUUUUUAAACCACAGGUUGCAAUAUAAGGAAUUUGAAAGCAAAUUUAUCAGUUUAAAUAUACUUGAAUUUUUUGGCAACAUAUCUACCUUUCAAUUUAUAAAGAUACUGCUGAUCUGGGCAGUUAUAUAUAAUCCUUUUUGCAAUAGUUUUCAUAAUCUUUAAUUAUGCACAACUUUUCUUGGUUUAAAAGUUUAUAUAGCUUUUUAGAAUAACGAAUUGCUUUAAUUUCUCCAAUUUUUUUUUCCAUUUCCAGCUUCCCUUUCAAUAGAAUGAGUUAGUAGUUUUUAAGUAAUUUCAUAGUGUUCAACUGAUUAUAUAUUUUUUUCUUUAAAAGGUAAUUUUAGAAUGUUUUAAAGCUUAAGGUUGGGUGAAUGAGUGGCAGAAAUAUUACAGCUAUAAAUUCUAAGAGAGAGAGAAAGAGGGAACAUGAGGCGUAAAUAUGUCUUUAUAUAAUUAUCAUUUAUAUACAAAUAUGUCUUUAUUUUAUGUCAUUUUAAAUUAAAUAGUAUUAAACUUAUAUGUAAUUUGAAUGAGCAUUUUAAUCAACCUUUCUUGUUUCAGUUGCUACUAUAUGCUGUUUCCUAGAAUAAAAACAACAAUCAUUGUCAAUUGAAGUUAAAGUAAGUUGGUUGUAAUGUAAGUUUUGUAAUUUUUUAAAUUAUUUUCAUUUUUUGUUUUGAAUCAAAAAAUCUAAAUACUGGGCUGGUAACAACUCUUAAAUAAUUUUGAUUUAAUUCUAAUAAUCUAAUUUUAUUUUUGUUUACAACAAUUUAAGAUGUGUCCACCUUAAUCAUAGAAAAGCAGGUCUAAAAACCAGAAUAUUUUUAAGGUUCAUAAAUCAAAAGAACAAUCAUGUAAGAAACAUUAACAAAUCUUUUUUUUUUACAGAGUAAUUUUUUUAGAGUCAAAAAUAGGCUAAACUGAUUUAAGAUAUUUUUCUUAGAGUACUGUUAAAUGCUAAUGCCAUUAUAGUUUUAUUUGGAAUAGUUACAAAAAUAGGUGACAAGCAAAAGGAAUCAAGUACCAUCACAAAGCAAGUAAUUGGUUUUUGUUAGAUUUUUAUUUGUUAAGCAUGAUGGAAUUCAAUGCCUUCUAAUUGUUUAUUACCCAAAAAUUACUUUACUAAAUAUAUUAUUUACUUCCAUAAUUUUUUACAAAUUUUAUUAGACGCUUACAUAAAAACCCAACAUUUUUUAAGAGAACUUGACAUUAUAUGCCGGAUCUUGCUUUGUGUUACUUUCUUGAAAUGAAUUUGACACCAAUUUGUUCAUACCAUAAUAGAGACUUCUUGAAGUUGUGGAUCGUAAAUAAAUCAUGCCAAUAUAUUGUGGGUUUAAAAACAUGUUUUUUAAUAAAUGCAAAAGGCAUUUAUUUAAUAUUUUUAUAUAUACAAAUCUGUUUGUAUUUAAAAAAAAAAAGCAUUCAUAUCAAUAAAACAAAAAUAAAAAAAGGAAAUAUUUAAAAACAGUAUACAAAGUAUAAAUACUAAAAACACAUCAUUAAUUGAAAAAACUUUCUAGUCAGGAUUUUUGCAGUUUUGAAAAAAAUGAUAAAACUAUAUUCAAAAUCGCAGUCUGUCAUACAAGGAAGAGCAAAUUUCUUAGUUUAAAUAUAAUACUGUUGGCCUGGCAAUUGUAGAUAAUCUUUUUUGCAAUAAUUUUCAUUGUUUUCAAUUAUGCAUAAAUUUUCUUGGUUAAAAAGUUUAUAUAGCUUUUUUGAAGAUAAUUAAAUCAAUAAACUACUAUGAGAAUUUAUGAAAAUUAAAUACUAAAUUUUUCAAGUAAAAAACUUUCUACAUAACAUGUUGUGGUUUUAAAAAAAUAUUUUAAUCUUCCUAAAUAAUUUCAAUGUUUUUGAAAUGACAAGUUUCUUUAAUUCAUCACUGAAUUGAUUUGAAGUUUUUUUAUGAUAUACUUUAUAUUCUUGAGAUCUAAGUACUUUUCCUUUUAUAAUUAGCCUACUUUUAAAUUUUUUUUUUAAGAUCUCUCCUUAAUUGACAUGAUUUUGUUUUUACGGAGCGUAUGUUAGAUUUUGGUCUAUAUUUAUCUUUAUAUCUUUCCUUUUUUCCAUCUCCAGCUUCACUUAACCAAUGCUUACUAUUCCAAUCAAACAGAAACACAUUAGCUUCUAUAUGCCAAAAAAUAAUUUUUUCAAGGGUAUUUAAGUAAUUAACAAUUUAUAGGGUGCUGAAUUUCAUUGUA